AAAGUACGCCAUUUGCGUCGAUUGUUACUCGUUGGUACUAUUUACGAGAUCUGAACAAGCAACUGAAUUGCAUGCGCGAUGCGUGCGAAAUGAAGGACGAAACGGAAAAAGGCAAGUUUUCCGCCUAGUCUCCCUCUCGUCCUCUCGUUGCCGUCCCCGUCGCCGUGCAUCAGAUCAUUUCAUCACCGGCAAGUGCAGUCGCCCCUUUAAAUCUCAGCUCCACUUGUCUCGUUGCCGACGCGUGUGUUUGCUGAGACGCCAUUGUCACAUCGGUUGCUGCUUCCUUCUCGGAAGAUAGCACCACCAGAGGUCGUCGUUGGGUUGUAAUGGCGGAGGUGCAGAGCGUGCAGGCGCUGGCGUCGUCGCUGGCGGCGCUGCCGCCGGAGUUCGUGCGUUCCGAGCACGAGCGGCCGGGGGCGACCACGUUCCGCGGCGGCGACGCGCCGGAGAUCCCGGUGAUCGACAUGGCGGCGCCCGAGUCCGCCGCGCGCGUGGCGGAGGCGGCGGCGGAGUGGGGGCUCUUCCAGGUGGUGAACCACGGCGUGCCCGCCGCGGCGGUGGCGGAGCUGCAGCGCGUUGGGCGCGAGUUCUUCGCGCUGCCGCAGGAGGAGAAGGCGCGGUACGCCAUGGACGCGUCCUCCGGCAAGAUGGAGGGCUACGGCAGCAAGCUGCAGAAGGACCUCGAGGGCAAGAAGGCGUGGGCCGACUUCUUCUUCCACAACGUCGCGCCGCCGGCCAUGGUCAACCACGACAUCUGGCCCAGCCAUCCGGCUGGCUACAGGGAGGCGAACGAGGAGUACUGCAAGCACAUGCAGCGGCUGGCGCGGAAGCUGUUCGAGCACCUGUCGACGGCGCUGGGACUGGAUGGCGGCGCCAUGUGGGAGGCGUUCGGCGGCGACGAGCUGGUGUUCCUGCAUAAGAUCAACUUCUACCCGCCGUGCCCGGAGCCGGAGCUAACCCUCGGCGUCGCGCCGCACACCGACAUGAGCACGUUCACCGUCCUCGUCCCCAACGACGUCCAGGGCCUCCAGGUAUUCAAGGAUGGCCACUGGUACGACGUCAAGUACGUCCCCGACGCCCUCAUCAUCCACAUCGGCGACCAGAUCGAGAUUCUGAGCAACGGGAGGUACAAGGCGGUGCUGCAUCGGACGACGGUGGACAAGGACAGGACGCGGAUGUCGUGGCCGGUGUUCGUCGAGCCGCCGCCGGAGCACGUCGUCGGGCCGCACCCGCAGCUCGUCACCGACGGGAGCCCGGCCAAGUACAAGGCCAAGAAGUUCAAAGAUUACCGGCACUGCAAGAUCAAUAAGCUCCCCAUGUAAAUUUGUAAUUGGGCCAUGGAAACAUCGCCCCCAUGACACCCAAGUACCAAGAGUGCUAUUGCUGGAUGUGGACGCUGCUCAAUGUGAUGCUAGUUAAGUUGCUCUGAUUGCUAAUCUGCUGCUUUCUGAUUCGUAAUCACCUUCGGAGCAUCUAAAUUCAGAUUUUAAACAAACUCUUUCUGAAUUGCCUUCCAUGCCGACACCGGCAUGUAGGCCAUUUGA